AUGGCGAACCCAGAUACUAUCACCAAGUACAAGGUCGCCGCCGAAAUCUCCCAGAAAGUCCUCAAGGAAGUCUCCGGAUGGAUCGCCGCCGAUGCCAGCAUUGUCGAGCUCUGUGAGCGCGGUGACAAGCUCCUAGAUGAGGAGGUUGCCAAGGUCUACAAGGGCAAGAAGGUCCUGAAGGGCAUUGGACACUGCACGACCAUCUCUCCGAGCGCCUACAUCACCCCGUACACACCACUCAAGUCCGACACCGAGGAAGCCGCUACGACACUGAAGGAGGGAGAGGUGGUCAAGAUUCAGUUGGGCGCCCAGAUCGAUGGCUUCUGCGCAAUUGUUUGCGACAACGUCAUCGUUGGCGCCUCCGAGGAAGUCACUGGACGGGAGGCAGACCUCAUUCUGGCUACACACUACGCGAACGAGCUCUUGCUGAGGUUGAUGGUACCUCCAAGCUUGGUUCCCCACGGCGACGAGGAGGAGCAAAAGAAGGCUGCGUCCAAGAAGCCCUACACUCAGAGCCAGAUGACCAACAUGCUUGAGAAGGUUGUCAAGGCGUACGGCUGCAACCUCGUUGAGAGCACCACAAUCUGGCAAUUCGACCACAACGAGAUUGAGUCCAAGAAGAAGAUCAUUCUUGCGCCCGGCGAGGGUGUCAGGGGCGAGGGUCUUCCUGAGGUCGGCGAAGUGUGGGGUGUUGAGAUGGGUGUCAGUCUCGGAAGCGGCAAGGUCAAGAACAACGGCAACAGGACCACUCUGCACCGACGUACGGCUACCACCUACCAGCUUAAGCGCCCUACCUCGCGAAGCCUUUUAUCUGAAGUAGUAAAGAAGUUCGGUACCUUCCCCUUCAGUCUGCGACAGCUUGAGGACGAGAAGAGUGCCAAGGUUGGUGUCGUCGAGUGCGUUCGCACUGGUGUACUUCGCCAGUACGAAGUCGUCGUUGACAAGGACAACCAGCCCGUAGCUAGAUUGUUCACCACUGUUGCGAUCAACAAGAACGGCAUGCAGCGCCUAGCUCAACCUGCUGCCAUUGACACCUCCAAGUACAAGUCUGACAAGAAGAUCGAGGACGAGGAGAUCCUCAAGAUCCUGGAACAGCCCAUUGGCAAGACUUCAACAAAGAAGAACAAGAAGAAGAAGAAGAAGCCUGCCAAGAAGGCCGCCGAGGGCGGUGCUGCUGCCGAAGAGGAGGAGAGCGACGAUGAAGAGCCCGUCCAAGCGCAGGGCACCCUCGACCAACCUUCAGCAACUCUCAUUCUUUCACUACCGACCCACCACAACGGGCACGGCAUUGCGGCGUAUCAAAUUCUCGGGCAACACGUGAAUUUCGCCAUGCCGGCCCUCCGCAAGUCUCUCCGGGAGUCGCGCGACUUUCGAUUGCAACAAAGGUCCAGCACCACACCUUACGCCUCACCUACCGGCACCCCAAGCGAGCCCACCAACGAGAAGAAGCAACGUUCAAUCACCGAGUGGACUGAACCCCAACCGCAAACUCUCGCCCCGUCAUUCGAAGAGCACGGUUUUGCGCGGCACGGCGUCUUGGAGAACAUGGCCCCCCUUGGUGUACCUCCAAAGGCGAAAGACAAACAGCGCGCGCGCGCUCUCGAUGGACCACCGACUGCUCGACAUUCGUUACUGGGGAAGAGCGCGAUUUUUGGUGGUGACGAGGUUGGGUCUACGCCAGAGGUCACUCCAGCUCCUGAGCUCGAGCCGGACGACUCAGAGCGGCAAGAGGAAGACGAGAUGCCGGUCGGAUUUCCUAUCCUAGAGGACGACGAGGACGACGACUACGAGCCCAAGACGAAAGCGAAGAAGAAGGUGAAGGUGUCGAAAACUCCCAUCAGGGGCAAAACCCCAGUGCAGAGCAAGACACCUGUCAAUGGGAAGACGCCCGUUAAAAACAGCCACACCAAGAGCGCCUCUGUUUCGACAAGUCCGGCAGUACAAGCUGUUUCCAUGUCGGAGCCAGUCGAGGCUGCGACUCAGCGUAUACAGAUUGCUGUUAAUGAUGCCAUUUCCAAAGCCAACAGCAAUACGGGCAAGCGCUACGUGGGCAUCGCUUUGCGGCGCGCCUACGAGCAAAGCAAAAUAGACUCCGAUUUGGCAGAUGCGAUUGAAUCAGUGAUUCAUAGAAAGAGCACCAAUGAGCAGCUCUACCGAUUUCGUAAAUUUAUCAAGCAGUUCAAGCAGGAGGAAAAGAUGAGGCUGGGCUUGAGCAAAGACAGGCGCUAUGACCAACAAACCGUGGUGAAUCACGGAGCCUCAUUCUUCAGUCAGCAGCCGUCCCCAAGGGCCAGCAGUGAGAUUGUUCCUGAUGACUCUGUCUCGGCUGUCAAUGAUUACCAGGACAGACAGUUCAUGAACUCUACUAGUUCUGCUACAAACUUUUCUCACAAAGCACUGCAAUCAGCUCUUGAUCGAAAUUCAGGUCAAGUACCACCUCACCCAUUCAGUACCGCACCAGCUCUUCCAGCGACUGCUGAUACCUCAGCUGAGUCAACACCGAGAAUGCCGUCCAAGUCCCCCCGAAAACGAACCGCUACCAAUGGAACAUUGGCACCGGAUUCUGCGAUGGAAGUAGAUGGAGGGCUGUCUACUACAGCACCCACUCCAGCAGCAAGGACGCCGGACACCGGUGCGAGCGAUUCUGAGCUAUCAGAUGUCAAUGAAGAGAUCGUCCAGAAAGGCCCUCCAGAACCUGUGCAGGUCAAUGGAAAACCUGCUACACCUGCGCCAGUCGUCGCACCGAAGAAGGGAAAGAAUCCUGCGCAUGCACGUGCUGCUAAAAAGAUGAAGGGCAAUGCUGGGAAACUAUUCGGGAAGCAUGCUCACAAGCUACAACCACCUACUGCGGAACAGCAAGCGGAAGAUGAUAGACUUUAUGAGAUGCGAAAAGCUAUGGUGGACGAGCAGCCUAUCCGCAAACUUGAGCAAUUCCCUCCCACCGUCUCUGAUGUCCGCUUUGAUGACGAGAUUCUUGAGACUGAGUCUUUGACCGAGUCUCAAAUUGCGGUCGGGCCACCUGUUGAUUCUGAUCAACCUCGACGCGCUGGACGAGUUCCGAACCACGGCACCAAGCGUCUGCGAGAGGAUCCGUCACGGUUCUCCUCACCUCAGUUCGAACCGGCUGCGUCGUCGCGCCCUUCAACACCAGCAGUGGGACCGGCACCUAAGCGGGUCAAGCUCACUAACGGGCAAGGCGCCAGAACGAAGCGAUCGCCGGUCAAAAACCGAGAUGCAGGACCUAUUGCUGGUGUAGCCUUUACUGGUGGUGGCGGUUCGAGACAGCUGGGGCCUGAUGGCAACGACCCGAACUCGCCACAAUCAGAGAGCGACGAUUUUUGCUCUGCAUGUAGAGGCGCAGGCGAGUUUGUAUGCUGCGAAAAUUGUCCACGCGUUUUCCAUCUCCUCUGCUGCGAUCCGCCGCGAACUCAGGUUCCAGAUGGAGCAUUCUACUGCUAUGAGUGCAACGCAAAGUUCGCUGCACCUGACGAUGCUGCAGACUCGUAUCCUAGCCUGGGGCCUCUCUUCAACAAGCUUGAGCGCACCAACCCUCGCGCGUUUGCUCUGCCUUCAGAUAUCCAAAAUAACUUCGAGGGCGUUUCUGCACGCCCUGACGGUUCGUACUUUGAGGAGGUCAAGAAGUUCCCGCUGGCGAAAAACAGUGGCUAUGGCUACCAGAGGCCCGAAUACACCAAGCUCAUCGAUGCUGAUCACAAAGUCAUCCUAUGCACGCAGUGCGGAGUGUCGAGUGGCCACAAGCGCCAAAUGCUGAAGUGUGACUUUUGUCACGCGUACUGGCACUUGGACUGCGUAGACCCGCCUCUCGCUAACCCGCCACACAUCAGCCUUGAGGCAUCUCAGCGGGAUGCUUGGAGAUGUCCUCGACAUAUCGAACAUGAUCUUCGCAACGGUCUACUGCUGCAGAAUGAUCUGAGUGCCAAAGAUGAGGAUUCUGAGAUGGCCGAUACCGGCACAGUAACGCGGGUGCCACGCAGAGUUCGAGUGCGCAAGCAACCCGAAUACGUUGAGCCAACGUUUUCACGCGGCAUGCGCAACAACGGUUUGAUUGACAUCACUAACGAUCCUGACGAUGACACUGAUGGCGAAGGCAAUUAUGUGUUCGGCGACAAUGAUCCCAAGGAUGUCAACUCCAAGAUCUUCCGUGUUCCGGAGAAGGGACUUAUCCUUGACUUCGUCAGCAAGGUCAAGAGUGGACGUGUAGUGAAAAAAGCCGAAGCCCAACAGUCCGCAGAGGCUGCAAUACGGCGCAGAGCAUCUAUACAAAAUUUCAUCGCGUAUCCAUUUCCACAGCAGCAAGCAGCCCUGGCUCUGGCACAGUUGGCAAACAAGACGCCAGAGACGAACCUGGGUGAGGGCAAAGUCCAUGCGCUCAUCCUCGGUCUCACGUCCGAAGCUCCCCCAGCUGUCUCCUCCGCCAUGUCCAACGCAGAUCCGCCGCCGCCAUCAGCAGAUGAGCGCGCGCAGUUGGAGAUGUUGCAGCAGCUCAUUCAGCGUCGACUUGGAGCCUGA